UAUAUUUCAAUUAUUGAAUGUUGAGAACAAGCAUGAUUUCUGGCACCCAUAACUUGAGCCAGUGUUCAUGUUGAGUGAGUGAUAUCAUUAAUCAUAUCAACAAGAUGAAAAAGCUAGAGAGGCAAGUAAGAGUUGUGAUGAUCUUGCUUUGCUGCGUUAAUUUUCAUGGCCAAAGCUGUGAUGAAGUUGAAGAUGGAAUCAGUAGAUCUCAUUUUCCAGAAGGGUUCCUCUUUGGAACAAGCACUUCCUCUUACCAGAUUGAAGGAGCACCCUUUGAAGAUGGUAAAGGUUUAAGCAACUGGGAUGUUUUUAGCCAUAUACCAGGUACGAUAAACAAUAAUGAGAAUGGUGACAUUGCAGAUGAUCAUUAUCAUCGUUAUUUGGAAGACAUUGAGUUGAUGUCGUCUCUCGGGGUAGAUGUAUAUCGAUUCUCUAUCUCAUGGACGAGGAUUCUACCUAGAGGCAUAUAUGGGGACAUAAAUCCAAGUGGGAUAAUAUUUUACAACAAGAUAAUAGACAAUCUGCUACUUAAAGGGAUUGAGCCUUUUGUGACAAUAAAUCAUCAUGACCUGCCACAAGAACUGGAAGAAAGAUACGGUGGAUGGCUUAGCCCCUUAAUACAGAGAGAUUUUGUUCAUUUUGCUGAAAUCUGUUUCAAGAGCUUUGGAGGCAGGGUUAAAUAUUGGACCACCAUCAAUGAGCCAAGCCUGGUUACAAUCAAUUCCUAUAUGAAAGGAACAUAUCCCCCUGGUCACUGUUCGCCACCUUUUGGAAAUUGUUCUACUGGUAACUCUGAUGUUGAGCCCCUCAUUGUCAUGCACAAUAGGUUACUGUCACAUGCCAAGGCUGUUGAAUUAUACCGCAAACACUUUCAGGCAAAGCAAGGUGGAACCAUUGGCAUUGUUGCACACACCUUCAUGUAUGAACCAUUUAGAAAUGAAGAAUGUGAUAGACAAGCUGUGAAAAGAGUCUUGGCUUUUGUUGUAGGCUGGGUCUUAGAUCCCCUAGUUUUUGGUAAGUACCCAGAUGAGAUGCACUCUGUCCUUGGAAAUCAGUUGCCACUGUUCUCUCCUGAGGAGAAGAGACUUAUAAAAGGCAGCAUAGACUUCAUUGGCAUCAAUCACUAUGGAUCUCUCUAUGCCAAGGAUUGUUCCCUCUCUGCUUGUGCUCAGGGAGCUGAUCAUCCAAUAACAGGCUUUGUAGAAACAACUGGAAUCAGAGAUGGUAUUCCAAUUGGUGACCAGACAGGAAUGCCACUAUUCUUUGUUGUUCCAAUGGGCAUGGAGAAAAUUGUUGACUACAUUAAAAUAAGAUACCAUAACAUGCCCAUGUACAUUACAGAAAAUGGAUAUUGUUUACCACUCAAACAGAAUGUGACAAUAAAUUAUCUGUUACAAGAUUUCAAAAGAAUAGAUUAUCAUAAAGCCUAUCUGGCAGCUCUGCUUAGAGCCAUAAGAAAAGGUGCAGAUGUAAGAGGAUACAUGAUAUGGUCAUUGAUGGACAACUUUGAAUGGGCAAGAGGGUAUGAAAUGAGAUUUGGGCUUUAUUAUGUGCAUAGAAACACUCUUGAACGAAUUCCCAAACUUUCUGUUCAAUGGUUUUCUAGUUUCCUCAACAACAGUAUCAACACCAACACAAGAGAAGAUUUGAGAUUUGAAAAAGCAACAUCUUAGAGGCAAAGAUUUGAGAAAUUUCGAUUUAGAUUGUGUUUGAACUGUCUCGGCAAUUUCGAUUAAAAUUCAUCGAUCAUGAAUAUGAUCCAUUUAUUGUUCAUUUGGAAUCUGUGGAACAUGGUAGAAAAAUUAUAAUUUGUACAUCUUUUAUA